AAAGGCAGUGAGGAAUCCGAGCCUCCAAUUAUACAAAACUACAGAGUCUCCGUUCUCAUAUUGUCACACCUCUUCAAAUACAUUCCUUUGGUCUCUCUCUCGCUCUCUCUUCCUGCCUUCGCUAAACCUCUCUGCAAAACCAUGUCUCCAUCUCCACUCUUCCUCCGCCAAAACAACGCCAAUCUUCCCAAAAACCAACAUAUCUCACAAUCCAGCUUAGAAACACAGCAAGACUUCUCUGUUAAGAAUGGCAAAGAAGCAAAUUUGAUGGCCUCUUUAUCUUGCUCGUCUUCCUCCUCUUCCAACUUGCUUGGUGAAGAGCAGGAGGCGGUGGCCGCAAUGGCUGCUGAUGAUGAUGAUAAAAAAGGUGGAUACUGCACACCCUCCUCGCCGGAGAGCAGAAUUCCGGCGGCGGUUCAUUGCCCGCCGGCGCCGAAGAAACCUAAGGUGUGCAGGAGAAGAGUGGUGAGGCGCUACGCCGAGGGCCAAAAAGUAACCUUUUUUGAAGGGCUCAGUCUGGUUGUGUUCGAGGAGAUUAGUUGCUGUCGCCGGAGAAGAAGAAGUCGCAGCGUGAGAGGAAGAUUAGCUAUUGCGGCCAGUGCGGCUGAAACUGGUAAAUGAUGAGAAUGGGCUUCACCAGGGGUUUGAAUGUGAAGGAUCAGUUAGAGGAACAACUCAGUGGGCUUUGAUGGUUUAGUAUUUUCUUGUAUGGUAAUUUUAUAAUUAGGACAAAAGUUGUAGUAGAAAUUAAUAAAUGUUGCAUUUGUAUUUUGUUUU